AGAGAGAUUACGCUAUGGUUGAAACUCGAACACAAGAAUAUCGUUCCUCUUUGGGGAGUUGCAGAUGGCUUUGGCUCCCUCCCAGCACUUGUCGCGCCAUGGUUAGAAAAUGGAGCGCUGACCGGAUACCUUCGACGUGAGCACGAAAGGCUUUCUUACAACAAAAAGUUUGCACUGCUCAAGGACAUAGCUGAAGGGCUUCAGUAUCUGCAUUCGCAGUCAAUUACCCAUGGUGACUUGAGCGGUAAUAACGUUCUCGUCGAUAAAUAUGGAAACGCAAGCCUCACCGAUUUUGGACUCUCUGCUCUCAUUCCUGAGAGAAUAAGUCAAGCAUUGAUGCCAACCAAUUGCGGAGGCACCGCACCCUACAUGGCACCAGAAUGCUUGGCGCUCGAUGAUGAAGGCAAUGAAUCAGCGCCGGUAUUCUCUCCGAAAAGUGAUGUAUACUCUUUCGGAGGGAUCAUGCUACAGGUAUUGGAGGGCAAGGUCCCAUACCAUUACGUCCAAAGAUAUGAAGCCAUAAUCAACAACAUAUCACGCGGGAAAAGGCCCAGAAGGCCGCUUGCUCCUAUUAUCGAGGACAGCGAUUGGAAUUUCAUCCAGAGUUGUUGGUUAGAAGAUAUGGGACGUCGUCCCUCUGACGAAGAUAUCCUGGAAUUUAUGGAAGAACGGGCUGGAAUUUAG